AUUGAAUAGCAGAGAUGUCGUAUUAAAGUACAUAGAAAUGUAGUUUGUGCGUUUAAAUUACUUAUUUCAAUAUGGAAAUAAAUAUUAAAUCGUAUCUAUAUCAACAUUAACAAAUGGACUUUCAGUAUAGCCAUGAGUAAACCAGCCAAAUCGUAUCAGUUCCAAGAGGACACGAUCACAUGUCCUCUUUGUUCCAAGAACUACACAAACCCUCGGUUGUUGCCAUGCCUUCAUUCGUUCUGCUCGGACUGCUUGAGCAACCAUAUCCAACAUGGUGGACAGCAAACCCAGAGUGAACAAAAACCUACAGCAGGACACGGUAAAUCUACCCGUAAAGAAAGUCCCACGAAACAGGGGCACGCUGCUGAAACGUCUGGUAAAGCGGACCAAAAAGGUAAUACUCUAAAACCUGGCGAUGCCAAAGGUAAGCCAGAUCAAAGAAGUAAGUCCCCACAUGGUGGAAAAUCACCGACCCAAGGUGCAUCUCCAAAGCCGAGCAAGUCACCUCAACAAGGAAAGUCUGAUUCGAAAUCCGUUCCGCCCGGCAAAACACCAAGGGCUACUGAAUUAACUAAGACAGCAGCGGGUGGACCUAAACCACAACACCUGUCUACUUCAACAAGACCGACGUAUCAAACCGGAGCAAAAGGAUUUCCAUGUCCUUGUUGCAAGAAAUUUGCUACAACCCCACAGCUACCGAAGACAAAUCCUGAUAGAUGGGCUGAACUCUUCCCAGAGAAUAAUUUACUGGCAGAUUUGGUAGACCUUCAUUCGUUAAAACUUGGAACUAGAUCUUGUGACCCAUGUAGAAGGAACAAAAAGUCUGCCUUAGUUCAUUCAUAUUGCAAAAUUUGCAGGGAUGCUUUGUGUGAACCGUGUGCCCUUACACACAAGGGUCUGCGAUCUUGCAGGAAUCAUAAGGUUCUCAGCACCGCACAGUUUGCUGACGCGAUUAAUUCGUUAAAAGUUGAAGAAGAAUUUUGUUCUCUGCAUGAUGGCAAGACUAUGGAAAGAUAUUGUUACACACAUUCGCAGUUAUGUUGCUCGCAGUGUAUUGUUGAAAACCAUAAGCACUGUGAAAGAACGGUACCAGUCGUAGAUGCCGCUACGAAAGCAAAGGAAGUGGGCGAGAUAUCUUCACUUGAUGCAGCGCUUCAGAAAUACCGAGAACACGUUGAAAUUGUUCUGAAAGACCGAUCAAAUCUGAUCAGGAAGCUUGACAAUAAGAAAGGAAAACUGAUGGAUGAAUUCAUAAAUGUGAAGAAGCAUAUCAUAUCUCAGCUAGAGAAGAUGGAACGUGAUUUGAAGACUAUUCUUGAUGCAACGCAUAAACAGGAAUCGAAAAAGAUCAAACAGGAGGUUGAUAAAUGUCGAGAUAUACAGUCUGGUGUGGUGAAUUCGAAGGAAUUCCUGACGCUAGCUGAUCAGCAUGGUUCAAACUCGCAAGUAAUAUCCACAAUCGAGAAAGUUAAAUCUGAGUGUGAGUAUUAUGAAGAAAGCAUUGGAAUUUUAUGCUCCAGGAUUCGUGCGGUCGAUUACGAUAUCGCUUUAGAUAAUUCGCUUAAACAAAUUAUGACACGCUUGAACCAGUUUGGACGAAUUGAUGUCAACACCACACCGGCAAAGUUACCACCGCCUCCGAAACUUGCUGCAACAUUGGGAUUACAAAGCUUUACCACAAAAGCGAAAGCCGUCAAACCAACCUAUACACUUGUUGGUAAAAACGCUAAUGAGAUAGGAGAAUUUUGUGCCCGAUCUGAUGACGAUUCAAAUGACUGCUGGUUUACCGGCGCUCUUUUUCUUACCGAUGGCCGAAUUCUGCUUGCAGAUCGGACAAACCGAAAGCUCAAAUUAUUCACAAGCAACUUCAAUCCAAUUACUGAACUAAGUCUGUCAUCGAAACCAUGGGAUGUUACCAGAAUCACAGAAAAAGAAGUGGCUGUUUCCCUCCCCGCAGAAUGUCGCAUCCAGUUUGUCUCUAUAGAUGGAAAUUUCAUGAGUCUUGUUCGUUCAAUCGGCACAGAUGAGCCAUGCUUUGGUAUCUGUCACACUGAAGGAAAGAUUUUGACUGUAACUUACGAUGGUGAUCCACCGAAUCUGAAAGUUCUCUCCAUGGGUGGAAAAGAGCUGACCUAUGUUUGCGUCGAUGAUGACGGUUUUACUCUCUUCUCCAAACCUGUUUACGUCGCAUGCACACCCAAAGCAUCACGGAUCUACGUGUCCGAUGAACGUCUUGGGUGCGUGGUGAACCUGAAGGAAACGGGAGAACUGAAUUUCGCUUACUCUGCCAUGGAUUUGGGGAACGCAGCAGGAAUAGCGUUAGAUACCGACGGAAACAUCUACGUUUGCGGUGCAACAUCCAAUAGUGUACACGUUGUAUCACCGAACGGUGAGCGAGUGAAGGUGUUGAUAACUGGGGAACACAUCACGUAUCCGCGAGCAAUAGCGUUCGAACCACGAGAAAAGAAAUUACUUGUCACGCAAGGGGACCAAGACAUUGUUAAACUGUACAGUCUUGCAUAACUGGUACAUAUUGUACAUCUCCAUGCACUUACAUGUAGCACUUUUUUAGUGUUCGAUAGGCCUUGUGCCAUUAAACAUGAUCUUCGUAAUAUGUUUGGCCAUACGGUUUGAGUUGUAGUUUCCAUUCGUUCGGAACUAUUCGGCCAUUUUCCAUAGAAAAGAAUCUCGGAUGUAUUCCGGCACAUAUGUAGAAGUAGUUCGUAAAAGUUUAAACAAAAUAAAUAAAUAAUUGUAGUGUUUAAAGUAUAUUUUGUAUUACAAAGUUUAAAUUGAUUGCCAGAGGUGUGUUUUGUUACAUAAAUGAUUAAUAUUCCUUAGACUUAAGUCAUAAAGUUUAACUGCUAAAUUGAAAUGACUAUACGCGAUCUACUUGCAGCGUAGUAAAAUGUUAAGAUUUCUGACAUUGUGGAUUGUUUUUUAUGGAAAAUGGCCGAGGUGUUCCGAAUCAUUUCCAUUGUAUUACUGUAAUUCAAAUUACGGUAAAUAUUGAUAUAUUAUGUAUGUAUACACAUGGGAUUUUGGUGUCUUUACUGAAAAUGAGUCAUCUUUAGAUUGUUCUUAAUAUGGUCGCUUUUCUUACUCAUUAUCGCAAAACGUUUAUUUCAGUAGUUUAAAUGUUACUAGUGUUAUAUAAAAGUCAUUAUUAAAAAUGUGUUUCUUCGUAUAUUUUAC